AUGACACUCAAAGAAACCCCCCUCGACAGAAUCCAAGACCUCGAACACCAAAAGCCACCACCUCAACCCCCGACCAAAGAAGCAGCCUUCAUCUUCGUCGUCUGCGCAGCCCAACUAAUGACUCAAGCGGGCCUAUCCCUCUCUAUAGCCCCAAUUCAACAGAUAAGCAGCACCUUCAACACGACGCCACACAACCUCACCUGGGCAUCCGCAGCAUACAGCCUCUCAGUGGGAACCUUCAUCCUCGUCUCCGGCCGACUGGGCGAUACCUACGGCCACCGGCUCCUGUUUAUAAUUGGAUUCCUCUGGUUUGGGCUGUGGUCUGUUCUGGGCGGAUUUGCUGCGUGGUCGAAUGCGGUUUUCUUCGACUGUUGUCGGGCGUUGCAGGGUAUUGGGCCCGCGCUGCUUUUGCCUAAUGCCGUGGCCAUUUUGGGGAGGACGUAUCCGCCUGGCUUGAGGAAAGAUAUGGUGUUUUGUCUGUUUGGGGCUACGGCGCCGGGCGGGUUUACGCUUGGCGCGACGUUUUGUUCAUUACUUGCUGAGAGGGUUUGGUGGCCUUGGGGGUAUUGGGUUAUGGGAAUUGCGUGCUUUGGGUUUGCGGUGCUUGGGUUAGUGGUAAUUCCUGCGGAUGAGGGUGUGGGAGAGGAUGUGGGGAGGGAAGAUAUUUCGAAUUUUGAACGGCUGGAUGGGUUCGGCGCUAUCACUGGGGUUAGUGGGCUUGUGCUUGUUAACUUUGCGUGGAACCAGGCUUGUGUUGUUGGGUGGAGGGUGCCAUAUACCUAUGUUCUUCUAAUUGUGGGGAUUCUCUUCCUUGUUCUGUUUCUGUUUGCCGAGCGCAGGGCAGCCUGUCCUCUGUUGCCUAGCUCAGUGUUCAAGGGCGAGGUUGGUUGGGUAUUGGGAUGCAUCGCGGCAGGAUGGUCCAGUUUCGGGAUUUUAGUAUUCUAUUACUACAAUUUCCUCGAGGAAAUCGAGCAUAAUAGUGGACUUUUGGUGACAGCCAAAUGGGCUGGGGCGUCUUUUUCUGGCGCAACUGCUGCUGCGGUGACUGGCUUCCUGUUGAGUCGGGUACCACCGAGCGUGAUUAUGCUUGCUGCAAUGCUGGCUUUCACAACAGGCUUGUCGCUGUUGGCUACUAUACCACCUGGCCAGGUGUACUGGGCCAAUGCAUUUUUGAUCAUGCUAAUCACUCCUUGGGGGAUGGACAUGUCAUUUCCAUCUGGCACCUUGAUCCUGAGUAAUUCUAUGCCGCGUGAGCACCAAGGAGUGGCAGGUUCGCUGGUGAACACGGUUGUCAACUAUUCCAUUUCGCUCGGUCUCGGAUUCGCGGGUACAGCUGAGAGAUAUGUGGACCCUGAUGGAUCUGACAUCCUCAAGGGAUAUCGAGCAGCCUCCUAUAUGGGAGUAAGCUUGGCAGGGCUGGGAUCUGUAAUUGCCAUUUGCUUCACAAUCGUAACUUGGAGGAAGUCCAGAAGGAGCUCGGAAUGA